UUUCGAGCAGGAGAAAACUUAUUUUUAUGCAAAACUCGAAGGCUGAUUGUAAUUUCAAUUAAUGGAGCCUGGGUAAUGCGAAGGCUGCAUUCAAUAAAUCAAUGUGUUCUAAAAUUAAACUCGAUAAGGAUAUCGAGAACAAUUUUUAAAAAAUUAUUUAUUCAAUAAAUAACUACGAUGUUUCGUAAUUAAAAUUACAAAGAGCUUGUAUAAAGGUAAGUGGGAGAGAUAAACGAAGCGAGCAUGUUGAUAGGUCAUCAACGCGACGAAAUGAAGGGGUUAAACGAUCCACUGUAGCGGAAUUGAUUGGAAUUAAUGUUUCCAGACCUCGUCCUAGAUCCCUCAGGACCUUGUCGAUGAGACGCAAGGAUCCUGCGCAUAAUGAACUGUCCUUUGAGAUUCUGAUUACCUCGCACCCCUAUCAAUCUCAACGAUCAAGAUAAAUUGUUACUCGAAAGGUGCAUCGAUUACACCAAAUCGUGUAACCCUUUGAUUUGGUUUUAUUUAAAAACGUUCGUAGACCUCUCGAACAUUAUUGCAUAAUCGAAUAUAUUGAACACAUGGUCGAGAUAACAGUACGUCGAUAAUUUAUUUUUAAACGAAAUCGCGCGACACUCGUCAAUUCCCGUGGUCGACCUUUCAAUUAUUAAUAUAAAUAAGAAUCUCCCCAACACGUGGGAACAAUGUUGUAGAAGAUAAGAUUUUCCAGAAAAAAGAAGAAGAAGAAUUCCUACAUCCGAGUUAGAGUAAAAUAAAUUUGCAUAGAUAAGACAUAUUUGAAUUGGAAUAUAGAUUUUGAAAUCGAGUUUGCGCAGAAAGUAUCUGAAACAAAAAGUACAAAGAAGUAGUGGUUGGCGAUACGUUUUUUGAGUAUUGUCCGAUAAUGUGCAUCGUUGAACCUGAGUGCAGUGCACAAGAAUGCUUGAUAAUAUAUUAUUAUUGCGCGGGCGCGGGUCAAUAAUCGAGCACGUUGCCUGGCGACGGUGCUCCUGCUCUCACUCAGCCUCCGGGAUUACUUCUUCGACGACUAGUCCUGCAGCUGCAGCGCGCACAACUCCAGCAACCUUCGUUACAUCCUCAUCGGACCGGUUUCAUAUCUCCUGGCUGCUAUACACCGCUCCCAGUCUAGUUCAAUGAUUCAAUUAUGUGGAGGAAAAGCAGAUUGCUCGCCAAUUCCAAAGCGAUGGACGAACAUAGCCUUCGAGCACAAUGUUCGUUUGAGACUAGAUUCGAGAAAUUAUGUGGAUUCAAGUUGAACGAUCUUUCAUCUUUCCAAAAAUUUACCAAACUUUUGUACCGACCAACUGAUCCGACCAGUUUAGGAGUUGUAAGAGCCCUCUUUGGACUGUGUAUGGUAUUAGACGUAGUGGAAGAAAGAGGACUUUCGGACGUGGAUAUCAAAUGGGGAGAUCCUAUGGAGUGUCAUUUUCCAUUGAUUCAUGGAAUGAAAGCUCCGUCGCUGCCAUGGAUGAUACUGAUUUAUACGAUAAUGUGGAUCGGUGCAUUUGGUAUUAUGUUAGGCUUACGUUUCAAGCUCGCCUGCGCUUGUUUCGUGCUUCCUUAUUGGUACAUCUUUCUACUGGAUAAAAGCUACUGGAACAACCAUACGUAUCUUUAUGGGAUCGUCGCGACUCUCCUCUGGGGUACGGAGGCUAAUAAGUACUUUGCCUUGGAUGCCUUGAAAACCGGAGGAACCGAACAAACUGUGCCACUAUGGAAUUACUUCAUCUUGAGGUUCCAAUUUUUCGCACUUUACUUUUUAGCUGGAUUAAAAAAAUCAGGUACAGAAUGGCUCUCAGGUUAUGCCAUGACAAAUUUGUCAAGACACUGGGUCUUCAGCCCGUUCAAAUUAUUUUUGACCACCGAACAAACAGACUUUUUCAUAGUCCACUGGUUCGCAUUUAUCUUUGACCUCACGGUUGGAUUUUGGAUGUUGUUCGAUAAAACACGGAUCCCUGCAAUGAUUUUUUGCACUGCCUUUCAUUUGAUGAAUUCCAGACUCUUCAGUAUUGGAAUGUUUCCUUACGUGUGUCUUGCAACCAUGCCACUCUUCUGCAGUACAAAUUGGCCUCGAAGAUUUGGCUCUUUUCUAAAAGACAACUGUGUUCCUAUAUUUCUAGUUCAAAGUCAAAAAACCAAACACUGUGACGACUUCUCGAGUAGUUCCACCAAAGAUCUUUACGAAAAAGAAUUCGACUCUAAUGAACCAUUAGAAAAGGCUUUAUCGUGUGAUAAGAUACAGAGUAAAACGAAUGACGAAUCGUCAAUUGAUGAUGAGUAUCGAAAAGAUACCCUAAAAUCCAGAAAGCCUGAAAUGAUUCACAAAAAUAUUAAAGAAAUCUGUAUGAAAUCCACAGGACCAACAAAGAGACAAAAAUUUGUAGUGUCUCUGUUACUAUUUCAUAUAUUUUUACAAUUCUUCCUGCCAUACUCACAUUUCAUUACAAAGGGUUACAAUAAUUGGGUGCCAGGUAUGUACGGUUACUCUUGGGAUAUGAUGGUCCACGUUUGGGACACCAUACUGGUUGUAAUUAAAGUUCACGAUAAUGUGAGUAAUGAAGAUCGUUAUUUGGAUCCUAAAGCAUGGGUGCAGAGAGACAGAUGGGAGAGACACGGUGAUAUGGCCAGACAAUAUGCCUUUUGUUUAAGGGAUAAUUUAAUUAAACAAGAGAAUCAAAUUUUCGACAAUUAUCGUCAACGCGACGGGAAGACGAAAUGGACGCCUUUAUCAACGAAUUUAAGCAUCUAUAUCGACGUGUGGUGUUCACUGAACGGAAGAUUCCAACAGAGAAUGUUUGAUCCGAACGUCGACUUGUUGACAGUAGAUUGGCAUCCGUUUAAGCCUAUCUCGUUUUUAAUGCCCCUAUUGUCGCAGUAUAAUUCGUACAGGUACAAAUUGGAAGAAAUUCAACAGCACGUUUAUACCUGGUCAAACGAUACAGAUGUUCUUUUCGUGGCUGAUUUUCCAGGAAUGCAUUUGGAUAAUUACAUUUCGAAAAAUUUCACCAAUGUUACUUUAACGGUGCUCGAAGGAGAGGUGAUAUACAGCGACAAGAAUCAGAGUAAAGGAGUUAUAAUCUCAAAAGAAUCAUCGAUUCCUAUUAAAACUGGCCAAUUUCAUAAAAUAAAGACAAUCAGCACUUAUCCAGCUUGCUACAUGUACACUUACACUAAUCGAAACAAACGACAAUCGGAUAAAGACAGGAUAAUUGAACUGGAGGAUCAGAGAGAGCCCCUUCCAAUAGGGAAAGAAAUCAGCUAUAAAAUUGACGCGUGGUUUAGGUCCUUCGGUCACAUAACAAAUUCAUUUUUCUAUCUGGUUUAUAACGUUCCUAUGGUGCGUAGGGUGCCGGUUAAUAAAUAAUGUCAAUUGGAAUUUACUGCAUCAUUGAAUUGAUCGCAGAUUUUCUAAAGUUUUAGAUACACGUUAAAAUUGUAGAGAAUUUAUUUUCUUAUCUCACAAUUGAACAAAUGUGUUCAGUGAUAAUUUUAUUUUAAUGCAAAUGGUAAUAUAGAAACUUUUAUAUAUUUAUAUUUCAUAAGUGUACUUUUUUAUUUAUAUAAAAAUUGUUUUCAUAUAUAGAAUUUAUGCAAGUUUAUGAGAAAUGUAACGGAUGUGCAAUGUGUUCAGUGAUAAUAAUUUUAUUUGAAUGCAAACGAGAAAUAGAGAUUUUUAUAUACUUAAAUUUUAGAAAAAUUCUUUUUUUAUUUAAAUGUUUAUGUAUGUUUACAAGAAAUCAUAAAUAAGAAAUGUAAUAAGUUUUUCAGAAAUGUUUCGUUUACCUGUAUUCCAAAGUCGUGGAAAAUAAAAUUGCAGAAAGCUAUUCGCGACAGACGAAUCACUAAUCGUUAACGAGCAUAUUAAGUCGAAGACAUAGCAGUCGUAACUAUGUCAACCACAUCCAGAUAGACAUAAUACAUCAUGCGACUAAUAAUACACUGGAAUCGGUCUCUCCUGUUCUCAAACAAAUUAAAAAAACGAAGCCGUAGUAAAAUUAAUCUCGAAGACGUUGAACUUGACGGGUGUAGAAACGUAGAUAAAUGGUCAGUAGCCUUUUUCGAUUACCCGUCGUUGCACGGUUUUCUCGUCAAAAUUAACGAAACGUCGAUAACCACCGAUUUCGGUAAUUUAAUGAACCGAUAAGGAACUUCCGAUUAUUUAAUUAAAUCUUUAAAGCCGGAUCAUAAGGUUCUCGGGGAUGAAAUGCGAGAGGAGGAGUCAACGCUAAAAAUUGCACGACUACGCGAAAAUUUCAUACGAUUCGUGCCGUGGUAAUAAGCUCCUUCGUCUGAUAAGCUAUACGUGGCAGGGGAAGAAGAAUGUCGACUAUCAGUCGCUCGCGCACCAUUCUUCACUGUGGGUUUUGAUGGAAAA